CCUAGUUAAACGCCUCGGCGACCUAAAUUAUUUGUUUACAACAUUGCUUACAUGUACAGAUCAUGCCUAUUUUAGCGAGUACUGCAGCUGCUUCUGUUAGGAGACUUAACUUAAAUGCUUUAAAAAGGAAUAUAUCAUGUUCAAACGGACUUCCUAUAAUUGGUUGUUCAUCUGAAACCUUUAAACUUGGACGAAAAUUCGAAAUUACUCAGAGAUCCGCAUUAUCAUCGUCAUCAAACACAUGUGGCUUUGAACACGAACACGGUGGACGCUAUAAAUGGAUACAGGAUAAAAUGGUAUUUGCAGCCAUUUUUGGACUGACAGGUUCUGUUUUAUAUUGGAAAUCAAAAAAUGGUGCUAUAAAAGCAGCUUCGGCUAAAAGUAGCCUUCACCCUGGAGGUGGAGUAAUACCAGGCCUACCGACUUACACUUUAUCUGACGUUGAGAAGCACAAGACUAAAGAAAAGCGUAUUUGGGUAACAUACAAAAAUGGCGUCUAUGAUAUUACGGAUUAUGUCACUAGUCAUCCUGGAGGUACCAAGAUUUUAUUGGCAGCCGGUGGCUCUAUUGAACCGUAUUGGAAUAUGUAUGGAGUCCACAAACAAGGAGAAAUCGUUGAAAUGUUGGAGGAGCUAAGAAUUGGAAAUAUUACAGAAAAACCAAAGGAGCAAGCAUUCGACAAAAACGAUCCGUACUCAAAUGAUCCCAAAAGACACCCAGCUAUUAUACCAGCCUCCUCAAAACCGUUUAAUGGCGAACCACCAUCAGCUAUUUUGACGGACAGCUUUUUGACACCGAAUGAUUUGUUCUACAUACGGAAUCACCUUCCAGUGCCAGAUGUAAAUGUCAAAUCUUACAAGCUUGAUAUUUCCGUACAAGGACCGGGAAAGUUCACGUCCUUUAGUUUUGACGAUUUAAAGCGCAAAUUUUCUAAGAAAUCUACUGCAGUUGUCUUACAGUGCGCAGGAAAUCGAAGAAGUGAAAUGGUUAAAAUAAAACCAGUAAAGGGAUUGAACUGGGGAACAUCAGCUAUUGGCAAUGCGGAAUGGUCUGGACCUUGCCUUGAUGACUUGUUGAAACAAGCUGGUAUAGAUAUUGACCAAGUAACCCAAAAACAUGUUCUUUUCGGAGGUAUGGAUAAAGAUCCAGCUGGUUCUCCGUAUGAAGCUUCUAUACCGAUCGAACUGGCACGGUUGCUAAAACGUGAUAUCAUCGUGGCGUACGAAAUGAAUGGUCAGGAGAUCCCACGUGAUCAUGGCUAUCCAGUCCGUAUAAUCAUUCCUGGGAUCGUUGGAGCCAGACAGGUUAAAUGGCUGACUAGUAUUAAACUGAGUAAUGAAGAAAGUAUGUGUCACUGGCAACAGAAUGACUAUAAAGGAUUCCAUUCAUCCAUUGACUGGAAUAAUGUUAAUUUCAAAUCCGUGCCUGCUAUCAUGGAACUUCCGGUUACCUCUGCUAUUUGCGAACCAAUUGAGGGUACUGACUUGCCACCAGACGCCGAUGAAGUAACUGUUAAAGGAUAUGCUUGGAGUGGUGGUGGGCGUGGUAUUGUCAGAGUAGAUGUUUCCAUUGAUGGUGGCAAAACUUGGGAUUCUGCAAUCCUAAGUCCACCCAAACAACCAAUGUACAAAACAUUUGCAUGGACUUUCUGGGAAGCAACUCUUCCAAUUCCAAAGAACCAUAAAGGGAAAGUUGAAAUAAUUUGCAAAGCUGCCGACUUGUCUUAUAACGUUCAACCAGAUAGUGUAGAGGGGAUUUGGAAUUUAAGAGGCGUGUUGAGCAACGCAUGGCAUCGUGUGAAUAUGUCUAUUCCAAAGUCGUAAGGGGACGUUCGGUCAUCAGUCGUGUUAUAUGUACUAAGUCUGGACCAGAAAUUCGUAUUCAAGGAGGAGAUAUGAUAAGGGUCUUUUCCUCCCUUUAAUUGCAAAUUUACCACAAAUAUAGUAAAUGUUUUCAUUUUUUUCAAAGCUAUAAUUUUUUUUUUUAAAUACAUAAGAUGAUUAUAAAAAUGUGAAGGACUAAUGUAUGGUGCACAUACUUGAUACAGUAUUAGAUUGAAGCCUUAUACUUUCUGAUAUCGAAGACGGUAGAAAGUGAUCUUAUCGUACCUUCUUCUUAAACUUUUAUUUUAAUCAUCCAUUUACCGUCGUAAAGCUUUAGUGUCACUUAUGAAUUACUUUGUAUACAUUUAUUUUCGAACUUUGGGUAAGAAAAUGCAGUCUCCUUUUUUAAUCCUUAAACAUUCAUAUUGGCGACGGGGAUAUUUCUUUUAUCAGCACAACUGUUUAUUUUUGUCAACGUUUUGUAACAGUUCUAUCAUUCGUGUAUAACUGUUGUGCUGUUUUUAUUCAUUUUCACAGCAUUUACCUCCCCAUGACAAGAACACUGCUUGUUGUCGCUGUCCGAAUUCACACCGUAAUUGGAAUUCAAUUCAAAGUAUACAAACGGGACAAAAAGGCACAAUGCUUUGAAUCAAAUAACCUUGUUGUGCGAUUGGGAUAUAACGCCUCGAUCAUGACCUGAGUACCUUAUAGAUUAUCUAUAUUUAAUCAUAUAAGCAGAAAAAAUAUAUUUUUUUUAAUAAUAAUAAGCAUAUUAAUAUAAACGAAACCGAACAAAAAUAUUUGUGUUAUUUGUAAUUUUUGUUGUAAUCUACUAUCUGUAUAGUUUUACUAUGUUACCAAAAUGUGAUGUUUAAUUGGAAAAUCCUAAAAUCUUUGAUAUUACAAACUGUUCAGGGAGCUAUAUAUAGAUACCAAGGACACACAUCGAAUGUAUAUAUGAAAGUUUACAAGAUUACUUGUUGAUGAUUUGUGAUAUAGAUAGAAAUUGAUAAACAUGCUUUUAGGAAAUGAUCAUUUUAGUCGGGUGAUAUUAGAGAGAAAUGUUAUUUGCAAAUGUAUUAUUAAUCACACAAAUGUUUUUUGAGGUAAAUGGGGAGAAAAUAAUUACAUUUGUUACCAUAAUUUCAA